GCGGUCUGUCUUGCCCGUGAAUUUCUCCCGAGUUGUAAUCCUUUUCAUUCGAACAUCAUCUCAGGUAUCUGUAGGAUCAGCAAAGAUAUUCUUUCUCUUGAACUCGGUUCGUGUCUUCGAAAGGUAAACAUUGAAGUGCGUGACAUGGAUUUCUCUUAGAGUAAAAAAAAGAAUAUCUUUAAAAGAUCGUCUGCGGAAUAUCUACUUGGUGAAAAACAAUAAAUAUUAGGAAAUCGUUUGGAAAACUAUUCUUAAUGCUAUGAUUCUUUUUUAAAUGAAUUUGCUCUUGUUUUAAUUGUAACCAAAAUUGAUACACUAUGAGUAGUGACAGUGAGUUAGGGGGUCCUUCCCCUUUACCUUCUCCAAUAUUUGCUCGCUGUAGUCCGGCUCGGGGCACUGUGGCCAGAAAAUGUAGAGAAUUUUAUUUGAAACGACUGGAGAGGACUGCGAGUAUGCAAAAAAGAUGGAGCAUAUGCGAUGUUCCGCAAGAUAGUUUUCAGGAAUUUGAUUCACCGGCAGAUCUGAAAAAAGAUAAUGACGAUCUGAAAAGCAAUACUGAAAAUGAAACGAAUGAAAUAUCUAAUGAAAAUUCGAUUGGAAUACCAAGAGAUUGUGAUAACAGCUUCGGUGGAUAUCCUUUAAGAAAAUGCAGAUCAAGCUUUGAUCUUGCAAUGGAUAGCUUACGUAAAGAAAUCAGUUCAUUGAUUGCUCAAGAUAACGAUCUCUUUCGUCAGUUGUUGUCGCUCCAUGACUCAAUAGCAGAAUUGAGAGAACGUCAACGACAUAGUGCCCUAUGCAUGGAUGACGAAGAUGAAGACGAGGAAGAGGACAUUGAAAUCAGUCGAUGCGUUGGAAAUCGGAGCACUGAAAGCAACUCUCCAAGUCUCGAGUCGCUCUCUGAUCCCGGAGAGCUUCCAGAAACGUCUCCAGAAUCCACACUUUCCUCCCGCUCUAGUCUAUCCGGUACCAGUUCCGAUUCCUGCAAGCAACAUAUUUACAAAAGUUGCGGUAAUCAUCACCGUAAUCGGUAUCGGAAAGAUGACAAGCAUAGAUAUAGGGCGAAUAACAAAAAUCCCAACGAUUCUAGGCCACUUGUAUUUAUAGACAAAUCUGAGAUUUGCUUCAGGUGUCGGAAAAUGGCGCCUCCAUAUCGAAGAUCUAGUUCGAUCACAAGUUUAUAUUACUUGCACGAGGACAUGGAAUCUUACGAUUCGGGUAUACAUCUGCAAGGUUCGCACUCUGAUUCAGAUCAUGAAAUAUUCGUGUGAAAACUCUGUGCUUACUAUAUGUGUGCUUGUUGUGAAUGUCUGAUAGUCAGUGCAAUUUUUUUUCUAAAUUUGCAAUUAAAGACAAUCCUAGAGCCUGUCAUGCUGUUUAGAUUAGUUAUGUAAAUAGUUAUUGUCAUGUGAGUCUUGUUUGUGCAUUGCGCAUAUCUUCAAACAAAUCAACAUUAUUUGUAUGAGUGCUUGUAUUUGGAUCAUGAUGUACGCAAUAAAGAAUUUUUAUAAGA